CUUUUUUCUGUUUGACAGGUAGUUGUUCGAACCAGACGUACCGGAACGGCGACGUGUACUCCUUCACGUUACGCAUUCUAGAAAAUUUAUCGAGAGCCAUAGUGUGGCGUUAUGCUGUAUUUAUGAAUACUAGAUUCAAAUCGUUUGUUGCCAAUUUUGUCUAGUUCCAUCAUGAACGAAGCUGCCGUUCCGUGUCCUGUUGAAGAUGUCCAAGGAGAUAAUAGAUGGAUGAGCUUGCACCAAAGGUUUGUUUUGGAAACAAAAGAGAGAGAACCUGAAAUCUUGUUUGUGGGUGACUCACUCAUCUCUCACCUGAUCUACACAGACAUGUGGGAAACCAUGUUUGCCCCUCUACACCCAUUAAAUUUUGGCAUCGGAGGAGACCAAACACAACAUGUACUAUGGCGCCUAUCUAAUGGCGAGUUGGACAACAUAAAACCCAAGGUUGUCGUCUUACUUGUCGGUACCAAUAACCACGGCCAUACUGCCGACAUGAUUGCCGACGGCAUUAUGGCUGUUGUCCAUCUCAUCCGAGACAAACAACCCCAAGCGCAUAUCAUCGUUAUGUCGCUGCUGCCCCGUGGUCAUCUGGUAAAUCCUCUUCGUCAGCGAAACGCUCAGGUCAACGAGCUGCUGGCCCACAAGCUGAUGCUGAUGACACGCGUCCAGCUGGUCAAUACCGCGCCAGAUUUUGUCCAGCCGGACGGGACCAUCUCCCACUUGGACAUGUACGACUAUCUCCACCUGACGCCCAACGGCUACCGGCGCGUUUUCGAGCCUUUGCACGAUUUGCUUUUGCAGCUGUUGGCCGAAUCGGACGAGACGGACGAAACCAAUAACGCCCAAUCGCUUCACAAAGGACCGUGAUUCUCUUUCUUCGCUUUUUUCUUUUCACACACACACACACACACAUACACACACACACACUAGACUUUAGAUAUUCUUCUAUCCCGCCUACACUCGACAGCAAUCGUACAGCAGCUGCUGCCUCCACCUCUCAACACGGCCGAAAGAAAAUAAAAGUAGAAAAGACCAUUUUUUCCCCAUUCUUGGCUAUUAAAUCAAAUCUCUUCUUGAUGGUUCUCUUUAAAAAGGUGCGAUAUUUGUUCCGCCUCCUUUUUUUCUCUCUGCCGAAUGAUUUGCUCUAUUGUGUUAAAACUAAUACGUUUGAUUUGGCGCUGUGUUAUUCGUACGUGUGUAUCGCUCCAGCAGAUUGCCUUUUUUUUCUUGUUGUUUCUCUUAUGGAAAUGCCGCACUGUGAAUGGAUAUAUUAUAAAUAGAUCUCUAAUGAAGA